GUUCCGUGUUCACGUUUACUUCACCAUGCAGUCCCCAUUGAAAUAAAAAAGGUUGUGGCAAAUGGACUUCCUCACUCUGUUUGGCAUUUAUGUGGCGGUGGUUCUCGCAUGUAUUGCUCUGGUUUGUAAGUAUUCAGGGCAUCAACAGACUCCUCUCGGUCAGCUGUUGGACACAAUCACAGGGGUUGUCUCUCCAUGGAUCCCACAAUGUCUUCAAAACAUUUGCUACAAGACUACGCACAGACUGUUCCAUCAAAGGAACAACUUCUUCCUUUAUGUGCACCUGUUACUUGAAGUUGUUGUGUAUGCAGAGUUUUCCCAUGAGGUCUUUGGAUUCUGUUUGGACAUGGGCACAAGUUUCUUCAGCUUGUGCAUUCCUUACAUCCUCCUAGCAUUCAAGUCCUAUCUGUUCUACCUGUGUUGUAGAAGAGACCCAGGCACACUGACAAAGGAAAACCAUACUGCACAACUGAAGGUGUAUCAGUAUGAUGAAAAUCUGUUCCAGCAGGGAAUCAGGUGUUCAACUUGUCAGCUAGUGAAACCUGCCCGGUCCAAACACUGUAGGGUUUGCAAUCGAUGUGUCCAGAGAUUUGACCACCACUGCGUGUGGGUGAAUAACUGCAUUGGUGCUCAGAACACUAGGUACUUUCUUCUGUACCUUCUAAGUGUAUGUACCAUGGCAGGUGAUAUUGCAGUUCUAACAGCAGACAUGUUGGUCCAAACUGUUCUGCGAACUGGACUUCUGCAUGCUCAAUACAUUGAUGAGCAGGGUGAGCAAAAGCCUGUCGGACCGCUCUUCAUCAUCCAGCAUCUCUUUCUGACAUUCCCAAGGAUUGUCUUCAUGCUGGGGUUCCUGGUAUUUGUCUUUUUCCUUUUGGCGGGUUAUUCCAUGUUUCACAUGUAUCUGGCUUUGGUGAAUCAAACCUCCAAUGAGUGGUUUAAAGGAAAAGGCCACAGCUGCCAGCAUUGCCAUCCUCACUCUGGACAUACCUGCCGGACCUCAUACAAUCCAUUCAGAGGUUUCUAUCACAGGGGAAUUCUCAAAAAUCUGGGGGAAAUAUUUUGGCCCUUAUGUGCUAAGAAAAAAGACAAUUAGACAAAGUGUGUUCUUUAAACUGUGGAUUUCUUUAUUUAAUUUCACUUUUAUUUUGGUAAAUGGGAUUUUUUUUAAUUUAUUUGUAUUAAAUAUUUUCUCAGCCUUACAAUGUAUUCAUACAGUAUUGGUACACUUUCUCUUUUGUAUCUGUACACUUUCUCUUUUUUCCCCUGUGUGUCUUUGUAUGUUUUAAGGGAUUGUUCACCCUAAAAUGAAAAUUGUCAUCAUUUUAGGGUUUCUAGAGUCAGGUAUAUCCUUUAAGUAUAAGGAAAUUUUAAAUGGGGAUUUCCAGUCUCUGAAAGGUGGGAAAUUGGUUUAUGGAAAUAAGUUAAAUGUUAAACAGUCACAGACAUUUCUACAGUGCAUAUACCUUUUAUUAAGUUAUGCUGUGUUCUAAAACGUUUUAUUGGUUAGAAUUUGCUCUCUGUUAGUACAAUCUAUUAAAAACAUUCUUAAUUCUGUAAUGACUGGAAAAAUCAUGAGAAUUAUUUGGUCAAAAAGUGUGAGACCCCUGUAAUUUACUCAGCCUUGUGUUAUUCCAAACCUGUAUGACUGACUUUCUUAUGUGGAACACAAAAGGAGAUCUUAAGCAGAAUGUGAUGGACGGACCGUUUCAGUCCCCAAUUAUUGCUGAUUUUUCCAAACCAUAAAAGUGAAUAUAGAACGAGGUUGUCAUUCAGUCCAACUUCUCAUUGUUUGUUUCAUGGAAGAAUGUCAUUGGAGUUUGG